CGUUUCAUGCGGAAGUUGUGUAACAGAUUCCCCUUCUACGAGAUGUCCUGGUUGUAACAAUGCGAUGAGCAAGAAACUGUCAUGGGUCGCAGGACCAGCUGCUGGUGCCCCGUCCUCGGCUAAGGUACUCGGUGGGGAGGCUGGUUAUGUGAAGAGCGUGGUCACGUACAUGGUGAUGGACGAUCUGGUUGUGAAGCCCAUGUCCACCAUCUCUUCCAUUACUCUCCUCAACCAGUUCAAUGUGCAUGAAAUUGGGCAUGUCCAAGAGAAGUUGAUUGACUUUGGCUUGGAAGAGGCCAUAAAGCUGCUAAGCGCUUCAUUGCACUCCAAAACGGUUCUCACGGACAUAUUCAGCGAGGUUCUCACGCAUUGAUUCAGCUGGGGAAGGCCUUAGUGAAACGCUAUUCUUCCAACUUCAGAAAUGCUCCGUUCGUAUUGGCUUGCUAGGGGAGUUUGUUCCUGCUACUUUGUAAGAUGCUGAUGAAGCUAUUCAAUUUGCGAUGUGAAAUUAGUCUCUAAUUAUAUAUUAGCUUACUGAGAAAUUAGUUUCUGAGUGAUGAUUGGUAUGUGGUAGUAUGGUGUCUAAGAAGGAGGUUGCUUCUAACGUACGUACGCUUGUAAUGUUGGAAGAAUGUGU